GCAAAACAGGGAAAUCAUUUUUUUUUUAUCUGAACUUAAUUGAUGAUAUACAAUGAUUCUUGUAGGUUUAAGGCGAUUUUUAUUACAAGCAUAUAUCCUGUGUUCUUCUUGAUUCUUCAGCAUACAGAAAGAAAUGAUAUUGUAAAUUCAGUCAACCACCAUUAGAAUUAUGGGUAAAAUCAGUAAACUAUUGGUUUGUGGCCAUGCAGGAGUGGGAAAGACAGCAGCAAUAGAGCAACUUAUAUAUGGAAAUCAUGUGGUUGGGACACAGAUGUAUCCAACCAUAGAGGAUAUUUAUUCUGCCAUGAUAGAAACAGACAGAGGGGUCAAAGAGAAAGUCAUUAUUUAUGAUACUGGGUCAUUGGAUGAAAAUAAAUCUGAACUCCCUAGGCAUUACUUUUCAUUUCCUGAUGGUUUUGUGCUCUUUUAUGAUGUUACAAACAUGGAAUCCUUCCACAAACUGGACAGAAUCAAAAAAGAUAUUGACAGGUUUAAAGACAAAAGAGAGGUUCAUAUAGCAGUCAUUGGAAACAAAGUUGACCUACAAGAGGGUAGAGAAGUGGAUAAAGAAAAAGCCACAGUAUGGGCACAAAGGGAAAAAGUAAAACUGUUUGAGGCCACUGUCUCUCAAAGGAAGGCAAUCAUUGACCCAUUUGUUUGGAUCACAUCUAGAAUCACCCAACCUCAGACCAAAGGAAAGUACGUUGCUGCCCAGCAGAAACGUUUGACAACAUUACAAAUGUCCCUGAGAGAUUUACCAGGUAAAUCGGCUUUCUUGUCAGGGAGAAAGGGUAAAGGCGCCAACGUAAACACAGACUAACAGUCGUGAAAUACAGACUAAAACGUUAACACGACAUCAAAUCAACCAACAAUAGAAUGUACCAAUGGUUGAUGAACGAAGGCUUAUUUCUAUCAUAUUUAUCAUAAGUGGACAAUUACGUAAAACAGAAAGUGGAUGGCGUGACAAUCCAUGAUGGAUAAAAUAUUUAAUUUGUACCAAAAGAGAAUGUAUCGUUAGUGAUUGUUGGGUUUAUGAUAAAUUUAGAUCAUUUACGUAUGCAAAUGCAUUCACUGAUUCUACAUUACAUAAUUAGUGCUUUUACAUCAUGAGUGGUUACUUCAAAAAGUGAUAGCAGUGAAAUAUACACUGUAAUGGUCUCAGCAUUAAAACGUACUCACAUAUUGUAGACGCUUUUAUUCUUAGAUAAAUGUUUUGUAAAUUUCU